AUUAUAGGCUCCUCUGACUCGUUAUAUAAAAUCAUAUGAAGUAAUACGUAGCAAAGACGAAACUAACCAAAAGCCAUCUCUCUCCGGCAACAACAGCUCACAACCCAGCUCCCUGCUUCAAAAAUUCCAGGCAACUUAUUUACCGAUCCAGUUUAGCCCCAUCUUGUGCAAUAUGGACUUCUUCAGUUCAAAGAAAGAUGGAAAACGAUCAGGACUGUUCGGGAAGAAAAGUGCGAGCAAGAGCAAUCCGGCGACCCCUCCUCAUCCCGCCGCUGGUAGAUCUCCGCCACCUUCGUAUCUCUCCAACAAAAGAGCCGAGACAGAGUAUGAUUUCCCUAUCUCCCGUGAACAAAGAACAUACCCGAAACAACCGGCGUCUGAACGCGUCCCCAACUCCCACCCUAGGCCUCCUGUGUACGGAUAUGGCACGCCUGAACGUAGAGAAAGAAAGGAGAGGAUGAGUUAUGAGCCAGAGACUAACGCUCCUUCAAGCCCCUUUCAUCCCUCUGGAAACCGCACGCCUGAACGUCGUAGAAAGUCAAGCGAGUAUAGCCGAGAACAGCAGGAUCGAACGUAUGAGGCAGAUACCCGAAGCAAUGCAAGCCCCUUUCACCCAUUCAAAAGCCCUUCUCCAUCUCCAUACCACACGCCUGAUCGCCACAGAGAACACGAUGCAGACCACUACGAGGCAAUGUAUGAGCCUGAGGCCAAUAACAUGUUUCAGAACAGAGCUCCUGGGAGCCCAUUUCGUCAAGCCGGAAACCGCUCUCCAUCACCAUAUAGAACUCCUGAUCGUCAGCAAUCUGAAGACCUGUACGAGCGAGAUGGUGAUGUAACACCACGAAACAGCUCUCCACCGAGCCCCUUUCAUCCAGCAGCAAAUCGAUCACCACCACCACAAUCACACAGAACGCCUGAUCGUCGUAGAAACCACCCUGAUGACGAGCAAGACGGCGAAGUAACACCACGAACCAGCUCUCCACCGAGCCCCUUUCAUCCAACUGCAAGGCGUUCGCCACCACCACCACAACCAUACAGAACGCCUGAUCGUCGUAGAAACCACCCUGACAAUCAGCAAUCCGAGGAAGUGUAUGAGCGAGACGGCGAAGUAACACCACGAAACAGCUCUCCACCAAGCCCAUUUCAUCCAGCUGCGACCCGUUCGCCACCACCACAACAAUACAGAACGCCUGACCGUCGCAGCAACAAUCAUAAUGAUGAGCAAAUGGAAGCAAUGUAUGAGCCAGAUGGCUACGUUAUGCGGCAGGACAGCCCUCCUCGGAGUCCACUUCAUGGAGGAGCAUACUAUUCAUCCAGUGAUGAUGAUAACCACUCCACCUACCUCUUCCCAGAAAUUGGCACCCCAACUCGUUCCAUCCCAGUCUCCGCCAACACCACUCCUGUUCACCACAACUACCAAAUCAUUGCGGCGGAAACCUACGAGCAAGAGAAGCAGUACGAGCCACCGGAGCUAGCGGACGAGUCACAGAGCUUCUCGAUCCAGGAGAUCGCCAAAAUGCGAGGACUCAAGGAAGAGAGCCAAUCGAUGAUCUCCGAGUCCUACGUAUCCGUGGCCAACUACAGAGUGAAGUCGAGCGUGGCGGAAACGCUCCAGGCGAUCAUCUCCAAGCACGGAGACAUCGCCGCCUCCUCGAAGCUCCAGUCCAACGUGACGAGGUCCUACUACCUCGAAUCCCUAGCCGCCGUGGUGAUGGAGCUGAGGACGUCUGGAUUAAAGGAUCUGACGAAGACGAGAGUGGCGGAGAUGGCGGCGGUGGUGAAGGACAUGGAGUCGGUGAAGAUCGAGGUGACGUGGCUGAAGAAGGCGGUGGCGGAGCUGGGGGAGGCGGUGGAGUGCGCGGGGGAGUACGAGGCGGCGAAGGCGGAGAGGGAGGCGUGCGAGAGGGAUAUGAAGGCGAGGAAGGGGGAGAUGGAGGAGAUGAGGGAGGAGCUGGGGAAGAGGGAGAAGGAGAUCAGGGAGUGCAGAGAGAGGGUGACGGCGGUGGCGGGAAAGCUGGGGCAGUUAGAGAUGAAGGGAUCGAGGUUGAGCAAGAAUCUCGACAUGUUUCACUCCAAAGUCGAUAAGUUUCAAGGAGAAGUCGUCCUUCUCCACGUUUAAUACACCUUUUUUUACAUAUCUGUUUGAAUUAAUAUAUAUGGGCCCAUAUAUAUGCUUGUUUUGGGUUUAAGGCCCGUGAAGCUAUGAUACUGGCCCACCAACGGAUCUUAAUUGAAUAUUUUGUUUAUGUGAUUUCAUUAUACACCA